CCUUAAACACAAAUAAAAAUUAUUGUUGUGUUCUGGUUUGAUCAGAUUGCCAGGCGCCACUGAAUAAUUCCGCUGCUUGUGAUUCCGGAAAAUACGAAGAAUCAGUGCAUUAGCACUCCCAAAUGCUAAAAUUGUGUUUUAAUAUUAAACUAGCGCGUAUUUUAUUCAUGAGAUCGAUGAAGAAGAUUCAAUAUUUAUCCGGGAAGUGGAGUUCAGUGGCGAGAGUUCUCGCAAAUGCAAAUUAACUCCACACUAAUUUAUUAUUUCCAAAUUCCCCACAUGGUGUAAAAACCUAGCCACUGUCCCAAAUCUGUCUUCCCAAUCUGAUCCGUUUCUCCUCAGAUCAGUUAUGUAAUAAAUUAACUCUCCCCGAAAUCAAUAAAAAUAUCCUCCGAGUUGCUUAAAACAGCCGAAAAGUUGUAAACUUUCCGGGCGCAAAUACCGGAAACCAGGCCGAUAAAUUUCAUUUUUGAUUCUCGGCACAGCUUGUCGGCCGUUUUCUUUAUUUCGAUCGGGUCGUUUCUGGUGUGUAUUUGAUUUUUCACAUCGUGGACAUAUCCCGUCUUUAUCAUCGGAGCGUUCUGGAGCCGAACAGCGCCGACUCCGGGCAACCGGAGGCUGGGAAUAAAAUCCCGGCUGCAGUGAGGGUUGCGGGUCUGCAAGAGCCACUCAAUAACGGCCGCGUCGAUACGUUUCGAGUGUUGUGCUUUCAAGAAAAACUGAAGAACUGCAGAUGUUUUCAUGAUGGAGUGGCUAACGCAAUUGCUUUUAGUGCUUCCGCUAAUGAAAUUUUCCAACACUCUUCCAGACGUGAUCCGAAUAGGUGGACUGUUUCAUCCCGCUGAUGAUAAGCAAGAGAUCGCAUUUAGAUAUGCGGUCGAGAAGAUCAACAGCGAUCGGAUGAUCCUGCCGAGGUCCAAGCUCAGCGCGCAGAUCGAGAAGAUGUCCCCGCAGGACAGCUUCCACGCAUCCAAAAAAGUUUGUCACCUAUUGCGAAGUGGAGUGGCUGCCAUCUUCGGGCCUCAGUCGGCACACACGGCCAGUCACGUGCAGUCAAUAUGCGAUACGAUGGAAAUCCCGCACCUGGAGACCCGCUGGGACUACCGCCUCCGGAGGGAGAGCUGUCUAGUCAACCUGUACCCCCAUCCCACCACGCUGUCCAAGGCGUAUGUGGAUUUAGUGAAAGCCUGGGGCUGGAAAUCCUUCACUAUAAUCUACGAGAAUAAUGAGGGUCUGGUGCGGUUGCAGGAGCUGUUGAAAGCUCACGGUCCCUACGAGUUUCCCAUCACUGUACGCCAGCUUGGGGAAAGCUCUGAUUACAGGCCACUGCUGAAGCAGAUCAAGAACUCGGCAGAGUCGCAUAUCGUUUUAGACUGUUCGACGGAGAGGAUUUACGAUGUUUUGAAACAAGCGCAACAGAUCGGCAUGAUGAGCGACUAUCACAGCUAUCUCAUAACAUCUUUAGAUCUACACGGCGUAGAUCUGGAGGAGUUCAAAUACGGAGGUACUAAUAUAACGGCUUUCCGACUCGUGGAUCCUGAUGGACCGGAAGUUCGUAAAGUUGUACGAGAAUGGAAUUUGAGCGAAGCAAAGAACAAAAAGGGAGAAAUUUCAUCAAUAAUUCGGGCAGAAACGGCCUUAAUGUACGACGCGGUGCAUUUGUUUGCGAAAGCACUCCAUGAUUUGGACACCAGCCAACAAAUCGACAUCAAGCCGCUGAGCUGCGACGCCGUGGAUACCUGGCCGCACGGCUACAGUCUCAUCAACUACAUGAAAAUCGUCGAGAUGCGGGGCUUGACCGGAGUGAUCAAGUUCGACCAUCAGGGAUUUCGGAGCGAUUUCGUGCUGGACAUCAUCGAGCUGAACAAGGAGGGGCUCAAGAAGAUCGGCACGUGGAACUCCACCGAAGGUGUCAAUUUUACGAGGACUUAUGGCGAGGCCUACACCCAGAUCGUGGAGAUUAUCCAGAAUAAAACGUUCGUCGUCACCACGAUCCUAAGUUCUCCGUACGUGAUGCGUAAAGAGGCGAGUGAGAAAUUGACAGGGAACGCGCAGUUUGAGGGCUACGCCGUGGAUUUAAUCCACGAGAUAUCGCGAGUGUUGGGCUUCAACUACACCAUCCGGCUGGCUCCUGAUGGGAGAUACGGGUCCCUGAACCGGGAGACGAAGGAGUGGGACGGGAUGAUCCGGGAAUUGCUGGAUCAGAAAGCCGACCUGGCAAUCGCCGACUUGACUAUCACUUACGAUAGAGAACAAGCUGUAGAUUUUACGAUGCCUUUUAUGAACCUAGGCAUCAGUAUUUUGUACCGAAAGCCCAUAAAGCAGCCACCGAAUCUCUUCUCCUUCUUAUCGCCGCUAUCGCUCGACGUUUGGAUCUACAUGGCGACGGCCUAUCUGGGCGUGUCCGUGCUGCUCUUCAUCCUAGCCAGGUUCACUCCCUACGAGUGGCAGAACCCACACCCGUGCAACCCUAACCCGGACCACCUCGAGAACCAGUUCACUUUGUUUAAUUGCAUGUGGUUCGCUAUCGGUUCUUUAAUGCAGCAAGGAUGCGACUUUUUGCCCAAAGCCGUUUCCACGAGAAUGGUGGCCGGGAUGUGGUGGUUCUUCACCUUGAUCAUGAUUUCCUCGUAUACUGCCAACUUGGCCGCGUUUUUGACGGUGGAACGCAUGGACUCCCCCAUCGAAAGCGCUGACGAUUUGGCCAAACAGACCAAGAUCAAGUACGGGGCGCUCCGCGGGGGCUCCACUGCUGCCUUCUUCCGGGACUCAAACUUCUCGACCUACCAGCGGAUGUGGUCGUUUAUGGAGUCGCAAAGACCGUCGGUCUUCACCGCGAGUAACGUGGAAGGGGUGGAGCGGGUCGUUAAAGGCAAGGGCAGCUACGCUUUCCUUAUGGAAUCCACUUCGAUCGAAUACGUAAUUGAGCGAAACUGCGAGCUGACCCAAGUGGGAGGAAUGCUCGAUUCGAAGGGAUACGGCAUCGCCAUGCCUCCAAAUUCCCCGUUCAGGACUGCAAUUAGUGGCACGAUAUUAAAGUUGCAAGAAGAGGGAAAACUCCACAUAUUGAAAACACGCUGGUGGAAGGAGAAACGGGGCGGAGGAGCGUGUCGGGACGAUACGACCAAAACCAGCAGCACAGCUAAUGAAUUAGGUCUGGCCAACGUGGGUGGGGUUUUUGUCGUACUCAUGGGCGGAAUGGGAGUAGCGUGCGUUAUAGCAGUGUGCGAAUUUGUAUGGAAAUCGCGGAAAGUUGCAGUGGAAGAAAGGGUGAGCAGCAUUCUACACGACACGUAGCUAUAAGAGAAGUUUUAGUUGAUAGUUUUGUCUCCAAAGGCACAAAAGUCGGUUGCGAUCGCAAACGCCUUUUUGCCUGGAAGUUUUCGUUACGUAAGCUCAAUACUUUGUAAAUAUGUUGUACAAUUUUAUAAAGUUUUGUCCGACAUGAUAUUCCGCCAUUUUGUAACGUCAAGUCACGUGAUCUGCAAUCGUUUAGUACACAUUAACAUAAACAUAGACUGUACAUACUACGAGCUUUGUUGUAAGACCAGGGUCGCUCUUUUAUUUAGAGAAACGAAUUUAUCGACAAUAUCGAACCAUAAUAUUGUCACAAUCAACAAAAUGUAACUUUUAUGACUAAAUACUGUACCAAAACGGACCAUUAGCAAGUUUUUGGUAUGGUAUAUGCAGGUUGUUCCAGAACCAAUUACUGUUCUGGAACACCCGUACAAACAACUUGUACGUGUGCGGAACUUAGUGUGUAGCCUUUUGAUAGAUAACUAUCUAAGUUUAUUUUGAAAUAUGUUUUUGCUUACUUUGUAUUCCGGAAAAGUAG